AUGGAGGACGUGGAGGCGCGCUUCGCCCACCUCCUGCUGCCCAUCCGCGACCUCACCAGGAACUGGGAGGUGGACGUGGCGGCCCAGCUGGGCGAAUAUCUUGAGGAGCUGGACCAGAUCUGCAUUUCUUUUGACAAAGGCAAAACCACAAUGAACUUCAUUGAGGCAGCGCUGUUGAUCCAGGGCUCCGCUUGUGUCUACAGUAAGAAGGUGGAAUACCUGUACUCCCUGGUCUACCAGGCUCUCGACUUCAUCUCUGGCAAGAAGCAGGCCAAGCAGUUGUCCUCCAAGCCGGAAGACGGGACCAUUGGGGAUGCCAGCUCCAGGGCCCCCCAGGAGGCAGAGCAGAAGUUCCUGGCGUUGGAUGACCUCUCUGACUCCUGUGCCAAUGUGGAUCUCAGGGGUGACCAGGUCCUCAGUGGGACCCUCAUCCCUCUCCUGCCCAAUGCCCUGGUCGCCCCGGAUGAGAUGGAGAAGAACAGUAACCCCCUGUACAGCUGUCAGGGGGAGGUCCUGGCCAGCCGGAAGGAUUUCAGGGUGAACACGUGCACGCCGCACCCCAGAGGCACGUUCCUGUUGGAGCCAGUGGGUGUGUCCCUCAUGGAGGCCCUGCAGCCGCGGAACCCAAAGGAGCCUGGAAGGGCUGAGGAGCAGCCAAUGGAAGUCUCUGUGUGCGGGAGUCCUGGCCCGGCGCUCAGCAUCUCCCGGGAGCCAGGCUCCUCUCCAGAAGGCCUGGCGCCCAGAGGUGGGGGCAUGGGAGAAGACGAAGAGGAUGCAGAAGGGGUGGCGGAGCCCCCUGAGGCCUCCGCACCUGAGGUCCCGAUGGAGCCCCCGGAGCCCAGGAGCCCCGAGCAGAGUGCUGCCCAGCCCAGGAGGUGUACACUCCGGGAGCGGAAGGAGGCCCCGGAGCCUGCAUCCCGGCUGAAGGACACCCCAGACCCCUGGCAGGGCCUGGACCCCUUUGACUCCCCGGAUUCUAAGCCCUUCAGGAAAGGUAGGCCCUACUCUGUGCCCCCCCGCGUGGAGGAGGCGCCAGGACAGAAGCGUAAGAGGAAGGGUGCUGUCAAGCUGCAGGACUUCCACCAGUGGUACCUGGCUGCCUAUGCCGACCACGCUGACAGCAGGAGGUCCCGGCGAAAGGGCCCUUCCUUUGCAGACAUGGAGGUUCUGUACUGGAAGCAUGUGAAGGAGCAGCUGGAGACGCUCCGGAAGAUGCAGAGGAGGGAGGCGGCUGAGCGAUGGCUGCCAAGGGCCGAGCAGGGGCUGUGGCCCGUGGAGGAGGACCGCCUGGAGGACUCGGUGGAAGACCUGGGAGCCGCAGCAGAUGACUUCCUAGAGCCCGAGGAGUACGCAGAACCUGAGGGGGCCGAGCCCCGGGAAGAUGCAGACAUGGAAGCGGAAGCCAUGCCAGCAUCUCUGUGCUAUGAGGAGCUGGUCCAAAAGAAUGUGGAGCUCUUCGUCACCACCUCGAAGCAGGACGUCUUCAUCACCACCUCGAGGCAGGAGCUCGUCCAGGAGACAGAGCUGAAGCAGCACAUCAGGGGCUGGGAGGACGCCAUCCAGACCCUGCUCCAGGAGCAGGAGGAGCAUGUGCCCUUUGACAUCCACACCUACGGGGAUCAGGUGGUCUCCCGGUUCAGCCAGCUCAACCAGUGGUGCCCCUUCGCAAAGCUGGUGGCAGGCCAGCCUGCCUUCGAAGUGUGUCGCUCCAUGCUGGCCUCCCUGCAGCUGGCCAACGACUACACAGUGGAGAUCACCCAGCAGCCGGGGCUGGAGGCGGCUGUGGACACCAUGUCCCUGAGGCUGCUCACACACCAGAGGGCCCACAAGCGCUUCCAGACCUACGCUGCCCCCUCCACAGUGCAGCCCUGA